CUGCUUGGCUCGACGGCCAGAAAAAUCAGUCACACCACGGCCAGCGCGCAGUUAGCUACAGAGAUACAGGCAGGAGCAAGCGAUAUAGCUGCGAUAUAGAGGUCCUUCGUCUGCAACUGACCACGAGAGCUGAGCAAAGAAGAGCCUAUAUAUUAUUUUUUUUGCUGUUUGUUAAAUAGAAGCGACAUUAAUUUAGUGAUUGUCCAGUGAAUGUUGUGGGUGCUUAGCCAUGUCAACAGAACGCUACACCCUGAUAGUAAAACUACCUUUGAUUAACUGAAAAAAAAACAACUAGUGAACUAAGCAAACACAAUCCAGGAUGUCGGACCAGCAGAAAGCCUCCCUGUGUCCUCGGCUGGUGGACUACAUGGCCAUAGUGGGUGCACACACGACGCCUCCGAUGCCAAAAGGACUGCAGGGCCUCAAGGCCCCACCAGUGCAGGUGCCCGAUCUUCUGCGUCGCUAUCCCCCAUCGGACCAUGCCGACUUCCCGCUGCCCCUGGACAUGGUGUACUUUUGCCAGCCGGAGGGGUGCACCAGCGUGGGACCCCGACGCACUGGCUCCGCCAUUCGGGACAUGACCUCCUUCGUAUUCGCACUGACCGACAAGGAUUCGGGCAAGACGCGCUACGGCAUAUGUGUGAACUUCUACCGUCCCAUCGAGCGUCCCAGUUCGGUGGCGGGUACGGCGGGAGCUGGCAACGAUCGUCCGGGAAACGGAGGACCCGGUGGCCAUGGGGCCGGCGGUGCUGGAGGAGCCGGAGGUGGUGGACGGGGCGGCAGGCGAUCAUCGGCCUUCAGGCGGGAGUCUUGGCGCAAGAGUAUGGAACGCAGCUCGGAUUCGGCAUUUAGCAGUUACGGCCUCUUAACUUCUUCUAGCGACUACAGAAGUAACGUAGCGCCUAGCGAUUCGGACCGUGAACUGACCUCGCGUCGCGACUCCGACCAGCAGCGCCUGCACUCGCACCACUCGCACCACCAGCCGCACCACCCGUCGGCGGGUCCGGCUGUGCCCAAGCUUGGCCUGAUGGCCCCCUCGGCGGACUCCGAGUCCGGCGGCAGUCACUCCCCAUCGCCGCGAGCCUCGCGGAAAAGGACAAAGCUGCGCAACCAGUCGCUCACCUCGCUGUGCAUCAUCUCGCACCAUCCGUUCUUCACCACCUUCCGCGAAUGCCUCUUCAUUCUGAAGAAGCUGAUCGAUGCCUGCAACGAGUCCUCGUCGCCGAAGCGAGUGGGUGCCUCUCAGAAGAUCAACCGGGACAAUGUGUGGACGGUGCUGACGGGCCAUGUCAGCGAUGCCACGCCCUCGAUCGUCCUGCACGAUGUGCGCGAAAUCGAAACCUGGAUCCUGCGACUACUCUCCACGCCAGUUCCGGUGCCGGGAUCCACACGAGUCGAGGUGGAGGUGCUUUCGCCGACGGUGCAUGAGCCGCUGCUGUUUGCCCUGCCCGAUCACACUCGCUUCUCGCUGGUGGACUUCCCGCUGCAUCUGCCACUAGAGCUGCUCGGCGUGGAGACCUGCCUCAAGGUGUGGACCCUGAUCAUGCAGGAGAACAAGGUGUUGUUUCAGUCGCGUGACUACAACGCCCUCUCCAUGUCGGUGAUGGCCUUCGUCACCAUGCUGUAUCCGCUGGAGUACAUGUUCCCGGUCAUUCCGCUUCUGCCCACCUGCCUCAGUUGCGCGGAGCAGCUACUACUGGCGCCCACGCCCUUCGUCAUCGGGGUGCCGGCCUCGUUUCUGCUCUACAAAAAGAAUUUCCGACUCCCGGAUGACAUUUGGGUAGUCGACUUGGACUCCACCAAACUGACGCCACCGACUGGUGGCUACGAGGAAAUCCCACCGCUACCUGAGCCCGAGGGCACCAUUCUGAAGAACCACCUCAAACAAGCUAUGCUAUUGAUGGAUGAAGCUGGACUUGGUGCACUUACCUCGAUGACGGCCACCAAUACGGCGGUGUCCUCACAACAGCUUUUGCCAUCGGUACGGGAUAGUCUCCAGGAACCACCAUUGCUCGGGGUUUCCCAGGUGCGGCUUCCGCUUCAGACGCCGCCACAUUCGGCGCAGGCCAGUCAAAGGAAUUCCAUGUCAGCCCAAGGAACGAUUAGUUCCCGUCAGCCAAGUCCAAUGAACUCACCAGCCCUCAAUCCAUUUGUUUACGGAACGGAUGUGGAUUCCGUAGACGUGGCCACGCGGGUGGCGAUGGUACGGUUUUUCAAUGCCCAAAAUACAUUGGCUAAUUUCGCCGAGCAUACGCGCACUUUGAGGCUAUAUCCCCGUCCCGUGGUCGCUUUCCAGAUAAAUAGCUUCCUACGAUCCCGACCAAGAGCCUCAACGUUCCUAAAUCAGUUCGCCAGGACUCAGGCAGUGGAGUUCCUGGCGGAGUGGUCACUAACGCCAACGAAUGUGGCUUUUCUGCGAGUUCAAACCGGGGUCAUGGACCCCAUGCAGGUGGGCGAUAAGCCCAAGUGGUUCGCUCAUGCCCUGACCCCCAUCCGGUUUUCGGUGUGGGAUGAUGGAAGCUCCCUGAAUGGAGCUCUUCGGUCACUGAAACAACUCGAGUGCCAGCCGACGGACGAGAGUGGUUCGGACUCGGAGGGAGCGGACAGCAGCAGCUCAUCUUACAGUUCACUCAGUGAUUUCGUCUCGGAAAUGGCCUCCUCGGAUCUUUCGCCCAGCCUGCAUGAUGUCUUCGGCUCGUAUAAUCGACCGCAUGUUGUACCCCAGACUCUAUCCUCGAAUUUGGACCCAGCUCUGGUCUACCAUCCGCCCAGCAAGCUGCAGUAUCCCGAGGGCAUUGCCGAUGCGGCGGCCAGCAAAGCGGAGGAGGAUGAGGAGCGGGCCGAUAGUCCGGUUUCCUCAUCCUCCAGUCGCUCGGACCUGAGUUCACCCAGCUUCAAUCGCGAUUCGGAGUUUGAUUUCCAGCCGAAGGGCGGACAAGCUCUGGGAUCGACGGCAGCUGGUGGAGCGGCUGCACCCAGUUUCGAGUUGGCCACCCCGCUGGCCAUGCGGCUGGAGGCCACCAUCAAGAUGGCCAGCAUUGAACAGGAAUCGGACACGGGAUCCACGGUCACGGGCAAGACCAUAGCCACCGGGUCAAAGCUGCAAAGACAUCCAAGUGAUUCCGAGAGGCCCGACAAGAAAAUUCCACCACCGCUAACGCCACCGGUAAAGCAACCGGGAGUUAGCAAUAUUCUAGCCCGGACCGGCAGUUCCGGCUCCAGUUCAAGCAGUCCCGGUCGCCAGAGCUCCCAGAGCUCCCUCUUCGAAAACUUCGCCUCCCAUGCCAAGGAGUUGGUGCGGGAAACAACGCGUCAGAGCAGUCAGGAGGGUAUUUUAGCCCAUGUGGAUAAGCAUGCGCUGGACGAAGAUCUUGACGACAAAAUGCGUCAUACCUUCGAAAAGUUCACGCUGCACGCAAAGAAGGCGGCCGGGGAGGCUUCCAAGCAGGCUCUGGAGGUGUCCAAGCAGGCGGCUGGGGUGAGCAAGAAUACCCUGGAGGAUCUAACCUACGUGGGCAAGUCUACGCUGGGAGAUCUCACCAAGACGGCCAAGGAGGCGGCCACCAAGAAGGGCAUCAUCAAGAUCGAGGAGCAUUCAACGACGGUGGCGGUGCCGCCACCAAAGUCACCCGGAUCCCAACUGGCCACCCACAAGCAGGUGCAGCAAAGUGGCGGAUCGGGUGGUGGCAACAACUUCUUCUCCUCCAUUGGCACUGAUUUCAAUGGUCUGGCAUCCUCCACAUCCACCAUGUUCUCGGGCAUGUUUGGUAAAAAGAACCAACAAAAGCAGGUUCAAAUGCCACACAAGCCGGCUAGCGUGUCUUCUGGAAAGGGCAAGACGGGCAUUAGCUUUGAUCCCUUUCCCGGACGCAAAGGUCUUGUGGAGCGAACACCAUUGAUUAAGCAUUCGGGUCCAAGGCAAACGCAAGAGGAGCUGACCCGCCAGCAAAACCAGGAGCGUUCGCAUAGUAAUGCCGAGAAUCAGACCUUCCUCAAGGACGUGACCAACCAGGUGCUCGCUGGAGAAGGAGUCGGCUGGCUGAAGCUCAACCGGUUCAAGAAGCUUAUGGAGGACGAGUCGUAUCGCACGCUGGUCCUUAGCAAGCUCAACAAGACGUUGGAUAAGAAGAUUGCUCCAGAUGAUCACAUCGACGAUGUGUGCGUGACAAAACCUGUGUGGAAGGGCAUGCUCAAGUGCGUCCAGGCCAUAGCCGGCGGAUUGGACGUGACCUUUUCGAAUUACGGCCUAGGUGGCAUGGCCUCCGUGUUCGAACUGAUGGAGGUGGCCCACACGCACUACUGGAGCAAGGAGAUCAACGAGGGCAGCGACAUGUCCUCCAGUCUGCUCUCCAGUCACGCGGCCAGUCCGAUGGGCAGUCGGGAGAACCUGCGAUCGCCCAGCUCGCCAAAUGGUUCCCAUUCCGCUUUAGGCAGCGAGUGGGCCUCUCCGCAGGAGUCUCGAAAGAGCUCCACUCAAUUUCCACACAGUGGUGGUCCUGGUGGCUCCCAUGCGGGAGCACCGGUCAAUCGACGGUUGUCAUCGGCGGACAGCCAGGAUGGUCAGUCUACCACCGAAAUGUUCAAGGACAUGCUGUCGCAGAAGAGAAGUGCCUUGAAGAACAUGCUCACCUCCUUCGAUUCGGAUGCUGCUGGCUCUACGGGGGCGCUUUCCGUUGUCAGUCUGGGCGUUCGCUUGCCCUCCAGCUGCCGGUCAACGGUCUCAGACACCGAGUACGAAAAUACAACCACGUCGAAGGAUUCGAAAAAGAGCUCUGGCAAUCUGUGGUCCGGAAAAUCAACUCUAAGUGCCGGAUUUCGUUAUACUGGGGGUCACCUGAUCAACACAUCAUCAUCCCCCUCGCCAGACAGUCCACGGGUCUAUCUUUUCGAGGGGCUGUUGGGCAAGGAUCGCCUCAAUCUGUGGAACCAAAUGCAGUUCUGGGAGGAUGCCUUCCUGGACGCUGUUAGCCAGGAACGGGAUAUGAUCGGCAUGGAUCAGGGUCCCAUUGAGAUGAUGGAGCGAUACAAAUCGCUGAGCGAAUCGGAGCGCAAGCGUCUUGAACACGACGAGGACCGCUUGCUAUCCACCAUGCUCUACAACCUGACGGCCAUCCUGGUGAUGCUGAAUGUCGCCAAGGACGAGAUCAGACGCAAGAUUCGUCGCCUUCUGGGCAAGAGUCAUAUCGGCUUGGUAUACUCCCAGGAGGUGCACAAUGUGGUCGAUCAGAUCAAUAAUCUGAAUGGCAAUGACAUUGAUCUAAAGCCCCUGGGUUCACGACUGUUGCAUCGCCAGAGCUUCACUGUCCACCAGGGUACGGAUGUGAAUGGACCCCUGCGAUUCAUGGAAGUGCGGGACGAUGGACUAGUUCUGCGGUCCGUGGAUGGCACCAUUGUGGAGCGCUGGUGGUACGAGCGGCUGGUCAACAUGACCUAUUCGCCCAAGACCAAGCUGCUCUGCCUGUGGCGCCGCAAUGGAGGUCAGACGCAAUUGCACAAGUACUACACACGAAAGUGCAAGGAGCUGUACAAUUGCAUCAAGGAGGCCAUGGAGCGCGGCGGUACGCCCACCAAUGUGCCCGAACUGGGCGGUGAGUUUCCGGUUCAGGACAUGAACACAGGGGAGGGCGGCCUGCUGCAGGUGUGCCUCGAGGGUGUCGGUUUGUUGUUCUCCAACAGCAAGGAUUUCGAGUUCUUCGUGCGAUUGGACCACAUCCGCAAAUGCUUCACCCAGAAGGGCGGCAUCUUUGUGCUGGAGGAGUACAAUCCCAAGACACGAAAUCUCAUCCAGCGGAAGUAUCAGUCAAGCAUGUCCGAUCAGAUUUGCUACUCGGUGCUGUGCGUUUUCUCCUACGUGGCCGCCGGUCAGGAUCAGAAGAAGAACCCGGUGGUUAUUACGCCGCAAAUCCAGGACAUCCAUGCCCAGCAGAAGCAGAAGCACCAGCAGCAACGUCAGCCGACACAGCAGCAGCAUCAUCAGCCCCAAACGACACAGCAGCAGCAGGCGGCACCACCAGUGUCCACAACCACCACUGCACCAGCUGGUCAGGCCAAUCCCAGCCGGAUGAGUGGCAAAUCGCAGGCAGGCAGCAUCUCCAUACGCCACACGGUGCCCAUGCAGAAGCCCACGAUCACCAUGUCCACGGUGCAGCCGCAGGCCAGGAUGCCCGUCCAAGUCGCGACGGCUUCUGUUCCGGUGACAGUUCCUCUUCCCGUUCCUGUACCUUCACCUGUUGCCACAGCCCAACCCCCUGCCACAUCCAAUCCCGGCAAGCUGCCGCAACUGCCGCCGCGUGUUCCGUCGCAACCUUCAACGGAGAGCCUGGCCUCGAUCUCAUCGCCGCCGCCAAAGAUCCGGACACCGAUGUCCGCACCACCCGGACCACCGCCGGCGAUACCGCCGCGCACUGGGGCAAUCGCCAGGAGCGGAUCGGUGCCGGCGGCCCGAUCCUUUGUACGCCAGGCAUCGGCAAACUCCACACCGCCGCAGUAUAUGCCGCAACCGCCGCCGCCCUUUGUGAUCCCCAAGCGGCACAGUGGUCUGGCCAGGGCCUCCACCCUGUCGUCAUCAUCAUCAUCAUCCCAAGGAGCAGGAGCAGGGUCGUCCGCCUCCAAUCAUCCCGGGCAUUCGCAGUCGCAGCAGCGCGCCAGCCAUGGCAGCGUCGCCGCUGUGCUGCAGUCAAUGCCGGAGGCUGAGCCCGGCUAUGGAUCCGGCUCCGGAUCGAUUUCCGGCUCCAGUUCCGGCUCCGGCUCGGCAUCGGGCUCCAUUGCCAGCGCUUCACCGCAGGCCCAUCGCAAGCACUGACGAAGGAGUUCGUUCUUCAAGUUUGGAGGCGGCGGAGGCGGAGGCGGAGGCGUAGGCGGAGGAGGGGGCGGGUCCAAUCAUGGGGCAGGCGGCGGUGGCGGCGGGCAAAUGGGGGAGGAGCCACACCCACAUCCCCAUCGACGGGACGUCUGCCGCACCAUCUGCAUCCCCUGGCUGUGAUCCCGACAGUCGACCGAAUAAAGCGGUUCACCUUUCCCCAAGGGGCUUUCUUGAUCCUUGUAGUUACCAAAAAAUAAUACCACAUUUAUGCGCAUUUUAUAAAUACAGCCAACUUCUAUAACAAAGUUUAAGGGGUCCGAAAACUUCAUGUCCUAUAUAAUACCAUUCAACAAUGAUGGGGAAUCAUUUAAAAACCUUUUAAAAAGACAAUUGGUACUUGAAAUUUCAUAUAAUACCUAUGCCAAAAAAAAAGAAACCUUUAAAAUAAAAACAUUGGAAACGUUAAUAAAUAGUAAAUACAUUCAUAUGUCUUUUAAAGUACAUAAAAACGUAAGAAAAAAUUAUGCUUUAAAGAAAAUUUUUUCACGUCCCUACAGUACCUUAAAGAACAAAAUUUCAAUAAAUUUAACAUUCCCUAUUACCGUAAUAAUUUGUAGUAUGAAGUUCGCAUGUAUUUCAGAAAGACACAAUCAUUCUUGGUAUAUCUAUAAGGUUCAAGUAUUAGUAAAAACAUAAUGUUAAACAUUAGUAACGUUUUGCUGUCUAUUUGUAAAUAUAGAAAGUCUACUAAUCAGCCAUAUUAGUA